AUGGAUUCUACAUAUUAGUUUUCAUCUCUUAAUUCUUUAGCAUUUCCACUUAAGAGUUAUGGACUACCAUCUUAAUCCUCAACAUAUUAAGCAAACAACUUAACUGGCACUACAAAUUUAGAUGAUUAAGUGAAGGCAAUUGCAAUGUAAUAUUAGUAUUCCUCUACUUAUAAACCUGCAUCUAAUAUAAGUCUUCCGCAAGUCACUUAAUAAAUACCUAAUUAAAUUACUUCUUCAUUAGAUUACAAUUCAUCUUUACCUAAUUCAAAUCAAUCCUAAGGGAUUUACUAAACAAACCUAGGAAAUAAUACUUAUUAAUAUUAGAAAUUAGAUUAAAAGAUAGGAACUGGUUUGGAGAAUAAUUCUUAGUAUGGUUAAAUAGGUGGUAUAUAAAGCUAGAUUUAUGGCCUUCCAAAACAAUAUGUUAGCAAUUUAGGAAAUAGCGUUUAAGACACAGAUUAUAAAUAAAAUAGUAGUUUCUAACCUCUUUAGCAAUAAUAGUAAGCAAAAUCUGAAGCGGUAGAAACAAUGAAUGAUUAAUCUAGAGAGUAAUUUAGAUUGAAAGUUGACGAAAUAGUCAACUAAGUGAAAAAAAGUAUGUACUAUUAAUCUUCUGGUGCAGAUUCAAAUAUAAACACUAAUUUUGUAAAUGGAUAAUAGUAAAAAUAAUAGUAGCCAUCAUAUGAAACAAAUUUUAGCAUAAAUUAAAAUAAAUUGCAAACUCCUUUAAAAUACUCUUAAUUGUCCAGUGAUUUAAAUAAAGUUAAUAGCAGUUAUAACCAAAUAUUAGGUAUUAAUAAUUUGAAACAAGAUUCUUCACCUAUGUCAAACUUUAAUGCAUAUGAUAAACUGAAUAAAACUUUUAAUAGUGUUAUUUAUCAAGGUAGUUAGCUAAGUUCGUCAGUUCCAAUAUAGCUAGAAUAAAAAAACUAGAAUUUCACAUCAUUUAAUGAUUAAAUUGGAAAAGAAGUAAAUAAUAACAAUUCUUCUGCUUAUAAUUUUAGUACUUCAUAAGCUAAUAAUACUCAAAUUUAGAAUAAUUAGCUCCUCCAAGCUAGCCCAUAUUAGUAGUUUUAAAAGUAAAAUAUUUAAUCUGAAUAAUCAUUAAAUAUGCAAAAUUCAUAUAAAUAACUAUCACCAUUAAAUAAAAUUUAAUUGUCAGAUUCAUAUAAUUUAAAGACAAAUUAUGAUAAUCAGAACACUCUCAAAAAUUAUGAUUUCACUUCAAAUUUUAGCAAAUAAAAUCCUUUGUUAUCAAGUUUUGACAAAAGCUCAAUUAAUUAUCCAUAGUAUGAUACUAAAAGUUAUGUGUCUAGCAAUGUGAUCAUUUAAGGGUCUGGAAUUUCUAAUCCUACUGCUUUAGCGUAAAAGGUAAAUAUUUAAAGUGAAAUACCUUCAGAGUUAUAAAGUGUAAAUUUAAAGUAUUCUUACACAGCAAACUAAAUAUAAGAUCUAAAUUAUUAUUAAUCUAGCCUGCUAAGCAACUAAGAUUUGUAUAAGCAAACACCUGUAAAUAUCGAACAAGCAAAAUAGCUUGUAAGAGAAAAAUCUAUAGAAAAAACACUAAUCGUAUCAGGAAAUAGUGAAGAAUCAAAAAUCCAAUAACCUGGUUAAUAGUAUAAUGUAGAACAAAUAAAAAGGUCUUCAUCAUUUUCUGAAAAAAAGAAUUCCUUAGCAGGUUCACCCAAUAAAUAGAGCAUAUUUUCUAAUUUAAAUUCUUAGAAUAUUAACUCUCAAAAUGAUUAAAUUGUAACAAAUAACAACUAAUUUUUUUCAGAUGUAAAGGAUGAUGAUACCUUAAAUCAAUUAUCACAAUAAAAUAACACUUUUGAAACUUUGCAAAACGAAACUUAAAAUAUCGAAGCUUAGUCUGAAACAGUUAAAAGAUCUAAAAAUAAUCAAUAAAUAUCUCAUUAAUCUAAUUCUCCAUCAAAAGAAUCUAUAGAAAAAUAAAUUGCCUAAAGGCAUUCUCCUAAGUCCUCUAAAUCUAAUAAACAAAAUGGUAUUUCUGAAGAUAAGAAAGACGAAGUAAUUAAUGAGGAACAAUUAGAAUUAAAUUAAUGGUUAGAUCCUGUAUUUUAAGACUUCAUCAAGAAAAAUUUCUCAAAAGAGCAGAAAAAGAGACUUAUUUUAUAACUUUAAAAGUAGAUUUCUUGUGAUGGAGAAGAUUUGUUGGAUGAGUAAGAAGAAUCCAAAUAGAGUCCAUAAUCAAAGCAGCAUGUAGUUAAAAAAAUACAAAAGACAUCCUCAAGCUCUAGAUCACCUAAAGGAUCUCCAACUUAGUAACAAACUGAGUAAAAUAAGAAAACUCUGAACUUAUAUGAAAGAUACAAUAAACUGAAGCAUUAAAAGAUCAAAGAAGACAAUAAGUAAAGUAACAAGCAGUCUCAAAUAAUAGACAUUAAAAACGAAGAACAACAACUUGAAUAUAUUCAAUUUAGUUAAAGAUGUAAAGAGGAAUUAGAAAAAUAACAAAAAAUGUAAAAAUCCAAAAUAGGAAAAUCUGGAUUGAUCUCAGAAAAUGGAAUAGAAAAUAUAAAUCAUAUUGUUGAACUUAAGAACAGACCAAAUAUUGUUUAAUCAAUGGAAAGUCUUGAAUCAAAUGAAAAUAUGAUUAUGACAAAAGAAAGUAAGCUGCUUUUGCAAGAAAUUUAUAACGAGGUCUAGAAUGCUCUCAAAAAGUAUGACUACAUAAUCCAAGAGAACUAAAAAAAUCGCAAGAAUCAAGAUUAAACUAGAAAAGACCAAGGUAACUAGAAUAGUGAUACUAAUUCAGACAUCUUAAAUAAUGGUAUUACAGCAUAUUCACUAUAAAGUAAUAAUUCGCAGAUGAGAUUUGAAACUCAGAAUCAAGAAUAAGAAGAUUAAAGUUAAAAAUAGAAAAAAUAUGCUUCUAACAAAAAUUACUAUCAAAGUAAAACGCCUUAAAAUUUCAAUAGAAAGAAUAUGAAUUAAACUAGUAAAUCUAGCUUAUCAAGCGUUAUAAGGGCAGAUAAUAAAAAUCUAUCUAUUAAUAUGAACUAACAUAGUGACUCUCAUAGCACAAUUAUAGCUUCUCCAAUUCCUAAUUAAGAAAACUCACCAACUAAAGAUGAUAAAAGUAAAGGAAACUCUAGAGGUAUGAGCAACUUUGAUGGAUAAAGGAUAUCUAAGAUGGAUGAAAAUGAAGCUGAGAGUGCUUUUAAUAAUCGCAAAUAAGAAAUCAUAAAGGUACUUUAGCAUCAUAGCAAGCAAAGAAAGAAUAGUAUUUAGCAAAAACCAAUGAAUCAUUCUAUUUCUAAAGGAAAUAAUCUUUCAUCCCAUGUUAGAACUCCAAGUAAUAGCAUUUCACAACGUAACAUCCAAACCAUAAACAAUUAAAAUAACGAAUAUGAUCUUAACAACUCUUCAACUUCAGGGAAUAAAUAAAAAGCAAAUUCCCUUUUGAAUAAGUUUUUGUCUCCAAAGAAUAACGUAAACAAAUCUAAAUUAUAGUAAGAAGUAGGGUCUCCUUCUUAAUCUUUAAAAGCAUCUCUUUUUUUAACAAAAGAUAAUUAAUCAGUUAAAAGUAGCUAGCAUUUUGAUAAAAAAGCCUACUAACUCUCUGAGCAACAACCUAUAGAUAUCUCAUAAAAGAAAGAGAAUGACAAAAAAUAGUAGACAUAGGAUGAUAAAUAAAAAAUGAAAGCUAUAGAUGUAGCCACAGUUAACUCAAUUAUUACAGACUCGAUUAUACCAUUAGAAAAAGUAAAAAAAGCAUCAAAAGGAAAUGAUGAAAGCAAAUAAAAGAUUAGAAAAAAAAGUAUCUUAUAAAUUAAUUUACUGGAAAAAGAAGCAUUUGAGAUAAAUAUAGCAGAUUUAGACAAAAAGAAAAAGUAAUCAAUAAAGGAAAAGAAAGAAAAAAUAGAAAAAAUUUAUAAUUAAGCUCAACAAUCAAUAAGUAACAAUGAAAAGCAAUUAAUCCAAAAGAGAUAAAGCUAAGAGUAGCCUAAUAGUGAUAAAAAUAUAUAACUAAGUUAAUUAGAAGUAGAGGGCCUAGCUAAUUCUAAUAGCUAAAGGCAAUUCUACUAGAAUUAAAUUCUAAGCAAUAAAUUUAUCGAAGAGAAAGAAAAUAACUAAAAUAUUUAAGCAGAUCCUGAAAGACUAAUUAAAAGAAGCAACAGUGCAUCUUAUAACAUUUUGCAGUAAAAAAAGCUUGCUAUUUUAAAUGAUAUUGAAGAUUUAAAUAAGAUGAUUGAAUAAGAAAAUCAAAAUUAAGAAGAAAUAUUAAUUUUUGAGCAGCCUUAAUCUUAGCAAAAUAUUUAAAACAACGAAGAAAAGAAUGUAUAAAAUAAGUAAAAUUAAGAAUAAAAAAAGCAAGGAAGUAGAUAGAGUAGUAAGCAUUAGAGCUAACCUUUUUCAAGAAAAAGUUCAACAAAUCACUAUCAAUAACCUCAAAACUAACAAGAAAAUCAGUAUCCAAAAUUAGCAGGGUUUACUUAAACUAAAAGUGUUACAGAAUUCUACAGUGACAAUUAAUCGCAUACAAAACUUGUGGCUCCACUCAUACCUCUAACAAAAAUAAGAGAUCAGGAUUCAUCAGAUGUUUAAAGUUUCUAAGAAAGCAAUAAUGAAUAAGAUAAGGAUGCAAACUUCUAAUUGAAUAAAGAAAAAUUUUUACAACAGCUUAAGUAACAAAACACCUAGUCAACAGUUUAAAAAGAAGUAAAGAGAGUUAACAGUUAACAUGUAAUCUAGAAUAAAGAUUCUUAUUAAUAGAUUGAUAGAUAAAGCUAUGGCAAUAUUAGAAAGAAAGAGAAUUAAUAAAAGGAAAAUAACUAAGCAAACAGUGCUUCAAAACCUUACUAGAAGAACUAGCGAGGUAACAUUUAUCAAAGUUAAGACGAAGUGGACUAAGAAGAAGAAGAAGUUCAUCAAAUAAAUAUAUACCGUUCUCUAAGUCCAAAUAGAUAUUAGCAAUCAAAUUCUUAGACAAAUUUCCAUGAAAGAAAUAAAAAAUGGCUUGAAGAUAAAAAAAGUAAGAUGGAAGAAACUUAAAAGAAUUACAACUAUAAAGAAAUGAAAGAAUGUACUUUCAAGCCAUAGACUAAUAAAUAGCUGAUAAAAUAUAAUCCUUAUAUACAUAAAGAUUAGAUAAAAUAAUAAAAAGGUAAUAAUUACUAAUAAAAUAAUAAAUCUUAUAAGGCAAGCACAAGUCCAAGAAAUUUAGCUCCUAAUUAUCAGUAAAAGAAUCCUGAGUAGCAAUAAUUGACUUAAGAAAAUUAUAAAUAAAUGAAUACUCAAUCAUCUAGAAACAAAAAAGAUUCUGAAGAUUUACAAAGAUUGUAAGGUCUACAAUCCCCUAUAGUGCAGAGAUACAGUGAAGUAGAAUUUUGGUCAUAGUCUGAUGCUAGUGUAUUCAAAGCUAUUAAUGACAUUGAUACCUCUUAUUAAAAUGAAUUGAAGAAAGAAAUAAGUGAUGUACUAGACAUAAUUUAAGGUUUUCAAAAUAAUGUGAAUGAAAAAACCGGUUCAAAUAGCAAAUAACCUCUCAAUAAAAAAAAUAAAGUUUCAAAAGAGCAAACAAACAAACUGAUAAACUCUUAAAAAUUUAAGAUAUGA